GCGCUCCGCUCGCCCGGCUCUUAAAGCGCGGCGCUUCUGUGUCCGCGGGCUUGGGGGGUGGUUUUUAAACGAACGGCGUUCUCCUGCCCCCAAAAGAAUCGCUUUCGCCCCCAAACUGAGCUCGGGGCGCAGCCUUGAGUAUGGCGGCUAGGAGAAAUCUGGCCCUGUAGCGCGGCCGCUGUGUUGCAGUAACGGGGUGCCACUUGCUGUCUUGCAGGUGGCCGGUCAAUAGGGAACGCAAUGAAAGAAGCAGAAAUAAGGAGGCUCUUGGCUGCCAACCUCCUCUGUGUUUUUUCCAUCAUUCUGUCAGCGGUUGUUCCAUCUUUCUUCUGGGAUGGAUUCACGGUUUUGGGGACACACCUCGCGUGGCUGUGUAUUUGUUCUGUUUGUGUUAGUACCCUUAAUAUAAUCUUGCACUUAGUCCUUAAACCAAAUCAGUCUCAUAAGAGAAGUUCAUUUGCUCACAAGAUAUCCAGAUUUCUAAAAUGCUGUAUAUACUUUUUCAUGUCUUGCAUACUAUUUCAUGCGAUUAUUGUUCUUUAUGGAGCACCUCUCAUAGAGUCAGUGACUGAGACAUUUUUGUUUGCAGUUCUCUUGUCUACCUUUACUACUUUACAAUGCUUGUGUAUGCUGGGGCCAAACAUACAAGCAUGGAUACGGGUAUUUAGUAAAAAUGGAGCUAUGUCCAUCUGGGAAAGUAGUCUACAGAUUACUACCAUAUGCAGUAUACUUGGAGCUUGGUUUGGAGCAUUUCCUAUUCCUCUUGAUUGGGAUCGGCCUUGGCAGGUAUGGCCCAUUUCCUGUUCCCUCGGAGCUACCUUUGGCUAUGUGGCUGGCCUGAUUAUUGCGCCUCUGUGGAUACACUGGAACCGGAAGCAGCUUACGUACAAAAGCAGAUAACUGGAGCAAUGAGAGACAAGGUGGAUUUGUUUUAAUGUGUCCAGAAUUUGGUUAUUUCUCUUCCUGGCAUUUACCCACUCAUAAACAGAGGUCUUAAGGAACCUUCUGUAUGCAGACUGAAGAAUGAUAUUGCAGUUCUGCAGCAUUAUGUUCUUCUUCAUUUCAAGGGUUUGCUCAGACUAAAAGCAGAAUGCAGUGGCAUAUUUCAAGUUGUACAAUUGAUUUUGAAGUAAUACUUUUGCCCAAUUCCACAGAUAUCAUCUGAGAGGCAGUUAAGAACACACAAACUGUAUUCCUAACUCUGCCACUAGCACAAUAUGUAGCCCUGAGCAAAUUAUUAUCCUCUCUCUACUUGCAUCUUCCCAUCCGUAGGGGUUUGCUAUCUUAAUAAUGCAUUAGUCUUUGCAAAGCACUCCAAAAACCUUUGAUGUACAUAGCUUAUGUGCAGUGGGAUAUUUUUAAAAAAAUAAUCUAAGACAGAGUGAAUUCUAGUAAUUUCUGGACAACCUUUCUGACCCACAGAAAGCAUUAUUUCCUUGUAUAUAUUAGGAAACUGAGGCAUACUGAGAUCUCCUAGUACUGGAGCCCUGUAGGUCCCCUCUUACAGUAUGACACUCCUCCCUGCUCAAGUUAAAGUGACAAGGACAGAAGACCUUAACCCUUCUCUCAGUAAUGUGAGACCACAGGCCCCUUUCUCCUCUGGAAUGGUAUUAGGGUCUCUCUAUUCAAUCUGGGGAGACGAAAGGCAAUUAGAGGAGUUGCCUUUGCAGUCAAUACCUUCCCAUGCCUUGACCAAGACCUUUGGGGAAAUUCACAGCUCAGAUUUGCUGUUGCAGGUAGCGAAGAAGAUGCUAACCCAGAUCUGUGUUUGAUUUUUGCUCCUUGCAAAUAUGAGGGCUAGUGUCUUUAAGCAAACAGGAGAAACCAAAUUCUGCUGUCGUUAACGUUGUGGCAGGAGCCCUGAGCAAGGUGUGUCAUGCUUAUGUUUUAAUCCAGGCCCAGUGUUUUGUACUCUGAAGGAACCAAAGUAGUUUUCUGUGUUUUGCAGCUUAGGAAUGGAAUCUUAACAGUAUGUCUCCAGUUAUAUCAUACUGACAUACUCUCAUAAACAAAAGAAUAAGCCUGUUUCUUUUCUAUGCUGAGAAGGUAUAAAGUGGAUGGAACAAAAUAAAGCUUGCACCACUGGAAGAAAAACUGGAACUCAACAACUCUAGGUUUGUGAUCUCUGUGUUAGCAACCAUCUGUUGCUUUCACAGCUUACAACAGCAAUCAUAAGAGGAGGUUCUCACUCCCAACCAUCUGUUUUUAGAAGGGAAGCUAAAAAUAGACAUCGGGCAGAGUUGCUAAAGGAAUCCAACCUUCAUGCAGUGAAGGGUAAUCACUACUGCUGCUCAGAGGGUCUCAGUGAGGCACACAUAUGUAACUAGCUGGUUUCUGCAGAGCAAAAUCCCAGCUAAAAGUCCAAGUUUUAACUCAUUUCAUAGUAGGCCCUGCUAACAACUGUUAAAAGUCCUCUCUCAAUAUGAAUUGCCAUGCUUUUAAUUUUUGAAGUGCAUUUCAAAGCUAUCCUUCCAGACAGCAUUCUUCAUAGUUUUCCUCCCUGAAAAUAAAUUUCUGUUUCAGAAGGCCCCCUGUAGUAUUUCGGAAAACAUAACAAGUGAACCAUAAAGACUGUUGGAUCUAACAUGUGCCAUAGGGACUUAGUAACAGCUCACAGUUACCCCAGUGGACGCAUCCUGCCAUCUUCCCCAGGUUAUUUGGAAUUAAAGGCUGAUCUGCAGCUUUGCCAUAAGCACCAGGCUGAGCCUCCGAAAGCAACUGUCUGCUCUAGAAGCGCACCAGGAAACAAGACUUCACCCCGCUGAAUCACCCUGUGGUUUUGGAUUCUACGAGAUGCCUGGGUGGGGGAGGAGAUAGAGGGAAGUGGUCUGUACUGCCCAGUGCCAUGCACAAAUUGCUUCCCUGGCUACAAAAACUCUUCUGAAUUUUUUCCGUCCGGGCUGUGUGACCCUUUGCAAGGAAGGAGGGUGGAGCGUUGCCAGGACACUGGGGCUUCCUGGCACCACCACCCACAAAGCACCACUAAUGCUGGACCAUUGGGCAAGUUGCAAUUUGGACUAACACAACGUUGCCAUAAAAUGGCUGCUCAUCCAAUUCUGCAACCCAGGCCCUGUUACGCUAUCGCUAAGUUGGAUUUUUCAGAUGUCUACAUCUGUAGCCACUAGCUUCUGAACACAGAAAACAAGAUAUGGUGAUCAUUCCCUGGUUGCCGGGGAGAAGCGCCCUACAGACCCUCUGUCUCUUCACAGGCUUCUGGGGAUAUAGCUUGCAUUGCUAAAGAACGCAGAAUCGUCCUGUUGUGGCUUGUUCACAAGGUUUCUCAGGGAGUGCAAAAAUUGGGCCCAGCAUCUAUUUUUAAUUUAAAGAAAAGGCUGCAAGAAUGCAGGCUAAGUGCUCUUCCAUUGUAUUCUAAAAAUGAAUUAAGCUGAUCUAAAUCCAUCUCUUAAUUCCUGUGAGGAGGACUGUUCAUAGGAGGUAUGAAUUAUACACUGAAAAAGCCCAGGGUUUAUGAAUUACUAUUUUUUUGACAAAACUUUCCUUCUGGCAUAUUUGAAGACUGUGUGGCUGCUUACGUGUCUGAAUAAGCUCUUCUGUAUAGCGAGAAAUAACUAGCUGGAAGAUGGAACCUAGUAAAAUGGAUUUUAGAGCAUUAGAGACAAAAAAGACAGAAUAUUCCUUCAAUAAUAUACAAAAUUGCCUUUAAGUGAUCACAAUUGAUCCCAGUCUUAAUGUGGGAUUAAAUACUGUCCAAAUCCUUCAUCUUGCCAUGUGGUGAUGCUAAACUAUUUUCCUACACAUUCUCAACAGAACAUUCCCUCUCUUC